UGCUGUGCCGUUGGCUCGUGCCGUAGUGGUUCUAACACUAACAGGUCCUUGCCACCAAGGAAUCCCUGGAAUCCGUAUACUCGGCCGAAUUCGGACCCUAAUCUCAGCUGAUCGGUGUUUUCGUUCUAACUGUCAGGAAGUGUCCGAAGUGUGGGACCUGUGUUUUGUUUGGGAUUGUGAUCACAUUUUCGGUGUUCGAACUCUUCGACCAGGUCCGGGUGAUCAAAGUGAAGUGGAACCUGAAGGGACUGGACUGACCGUGUUUUAGAAGAUGAUUGUACCCGAAGAACAGUGUACUUGAAGAAGGUGGUUACAAAGUAAGCUACCCGACGGCUGAGCGAACAUCGGUACCCCGCUCAAAAAGAUGUAAACAAACAGGUCUGAUAGGCAGAAAAACCUUGGCCCAGAGUUUGCACGUUCCGCCGAUCUAGUGGCAGCAACUACCUUCACGGUUGUCAGCAUCGAUGAGCGUGAACGGGAGAUUGACCUAGCGAGAGGUUCAUAGAUGCAAAAGAAGUGAAAUCUCUCCGACGGAGAGACAAACGGUCGUCAAGUUGGUACCAAACAUGGUCCUGGAACCAGGAGGCGGUCUGUCAUUUCCACUGCCUCCUGGUAGCGGUUCCGCUGGCUCCGGCGGUUCACUGUUGACACCUGCCAGGCUGUUCCAGAGGGCGACACCCGUGUUUCCGUUUCAUCUGGCAGGAUGGCCGCCGCAUCAUCCGGUCCUGGGACAGGUUCAGAGCCAGGUACAGCAGACUAUGCAGGCUGUGUCCGCUGUCAGGUUCCUCAGUCAUCAUCAUCCUCAUCAUCCACAUCCUGCGUUGGGGAACCACCCUCUGGUGCCCGCGAUAACUGGCCAUCAUCCGACCGCCCAUCAUCUUCAUCAUGGUGCCGAUCACAACGACGAGGAUGACGAGAAGAAAGGCUGUGACGGCGAGUCCGACGAAGGUGGGAGCAAAAGGCGGAGAAGCAGGACCAACUUUAGUAGCUGGCAAUUGGAGGAAUUGGAACGGGCAUUUCUCUCGAGUCAUUAUCCUGAUGUGUUUAUGCGAGAAGCGCUGGCUGUGAGACUCGAGCUGAAAGAGAGCCGCGUGGCCGUGUGGUUCCAAAACCGGAGGGCAAAAUGGCGGAAAAAGGAGCAUACGAAGAAGGGUCCAGGAAGGCCAGCCCAUAACGCUCAUCCUCAGAGUUGUAGUGGAGAGCCCAUUCCCCCUGAAGAACUGAGAAGAAAGGAGCGAGAAAGGCGGCAGAAGAAACUGUUGAAGGCUCUUGAACGACAGCAGAGGAAAUUGGCUGCCAAGGGUAUCACCGUGGACCUGUCAACGUUGCGCGCGGAGUGGGAGUCUCGCAGCGCGGCGGCGUCCAGCGGGAACUCGUUGAACGGUACCCUGGGUGGUUCCUUCAACUCCUUGAGCAACAACGAGAGCAGCAGCGUCUCUGGAUCAGGGAACGACGCGAACGAGGAGAUCGACGUGGUCGGUGGUUUGGAUUCCUGCAGCGAGAGUGGCAGCGAACGAGUGGACUCAGCGGCGGACGGUUCCGUGGACGGGGAAUGUUACCCCACCCUAACCGGCACCAUGAGCGAGUCAAACGAGCCUCGAAGAGCCGUCCAGGUGUCCGGACCCGCUCCGAACUCCAGCCUAAACCUGGACCACCUGAGCCACCAGCAGGAUAUCCACCAUUGGAGUCUCAGUCUGCUAGAGCGAAGGAGGGAGCUGGUGAACCUGAACAACGUGGCCGGCGUUCGUUGUCAGACGACGAACAACACCGGAAACCCCGCGAGGACACCUGUCAGACACGCUUCCGAGGAGGAGGUGCAGAGCAGCAGCAUAGACCUCUCCGUCAAGGGUCGGGAAGAGAGAAAGAGGCUCAACCCGUUUUCCAUUGACAGUCUUCUGGGGAACAACAGAACGAGCACCCCUGGGUUACACAAUGAAUACAGAGCCUCCACACCUACCCUGUCGAAUGGGAGGGAGUCCAACCCCACGUCACCGAUAUCGGUGCCAACUUCUCCAUCCACCACGUAGUAAUCCAAGAAGUCGAGUCCCUUGUCUGGUGAUAAGCGACGCGAGUUUGUUUGUGUGACAACGAAACGAUGGGCCAGUUAACAGACAUUAUCGAGAACAACGAGACUUUGUGGGAGACUUAGGGUAGCUUUGCUGUGGGCUCAAUCAGGUAUCAAGGAAUUAUAGGUGGGUUUGUGGGGAACAUUUUUGAAGUCUUUUAUAGUGAAGGUUUGUGACGUGGGUGUAUGGGGAGGUUUGACAGUUGAGUUUUAUAGUGGAGGGGUGUAUAGUAGAUUGUUAUAGUGCCAGAAGGUGUAAGGUUAGAUUUGUGGUGAAUAGGUGAACUUGGGAUUUGAUGUUGAGGAUCUUGGUGGUAAUUUGUGGUAGACAAGUUCCUAAGUUUGCAAUUUCCAAAUUCUGAAGCUUCCAAAGUUGCAAAUCCCUAAAUUCUUAAGUCUCUAAUUUGACAAAUGA